CUGCUGCUGCUACGACCCGCCGUGCCGUCGUCGCCCCCCAGCAGCGGGGGAAAAGCGGCGGGAGGGAAAGAAGGGAAAGAAGCCGAGCCUUCACCCAGCAGCGCCGGCGGCGGAGCCUGGGCUGCCCGCGGGGGAGUCACCAUGAGCUGGGGCGCCGAGCUGUGGGAUCAGUUUGAUAAUUUAGACAAGCACACUCAGUGGGGCAUUGACUUCCUGGAAAAAUAUGCAAAGUUUGUUAAAGAGAGGAUAGAGAUCGAACAGAAUUAUGCCAAGCAGCUGAGAAAUCUGGUCAAGAAGUACUGUCCUAAACGUUCAUCCAAAGAUGAAGAACCCAGGUUUACCUCAUGUAUAGCCUUUUAUAAUAUCCUUAAUGAGUUAAAUGACUACGCAGGACAACGAGAAGUAGUAGCAGAAGAACUGGCACAUAGGGUUUAUGGAGAACUGAUGAGAUACUCCCACGAUCUCAAAACUGAAAGGAAAAUGCACCUUCAAGAGGGGCGGAAAGCUCAGCAGUAUCUUGACAUGUGUUGGAAGCAGAUGGAUAAUAGCAAAAAGAAAUUUGAGAGAGAAUGCAGAGAAGCAGAAAAGGCGCAGCAGUGUUAUGAAAGACUGGACAAUGAUACCAAUGCUACUAAAGCGGAUGUUGAGAAAGCAAAACAGCAGUUAAACUUGCGUACACACAUGGCUGAUGAAAACAAAAAUGAAUAUGCUGCACAACUGCAAAAUUUUAAUGGUGAACAGCACAAGCAUUUCUACAUUGUCAUUCCCCAAAUUUACAAGCAUCUCCAAGAAAUGGAUGAACGAAGAACGAUCAAACUUAGUGAAUGUUAUAAAGGAUUUGCAGAUUCUGAACGCAAAGUCAUUCCAAUAAUCUCGAAGUGUUUAGAAGGAAUGAUUGCCGCAGCAAAAUCAGUAGAUGAAUGCAGGGACUCUCAAAUAGUAAUAGACUCCUUCAAGUCUGGUUUUGAACCUCCUGGAGACUUUCCGUUUGAAGAUUACAGUCAGCAUAUUUACAGGACUGUUUCCGAUGGAACAAUCAGUACACCAAAGCAAGAAGGGAUGAAAAUAGAUGCAAAGACCACUGUGGGCAAAGCUAAGGGCAAACUCUGGCUUUUUGGAAAGAAACCAAAGGGCCCUGCACAGGAAGAUUUCAGCCAUCUGCCACCAGAACAAAGGCGGAAGAAAUUGCAGCAGCGCAUUGAUGAACUCAACAGAGAACUGCAGAAAGAAACAGAUCAAAAAGAUGCACUCAUUAAAAUGAAAGAUGUGUAUGAAAAAAAUCCACAAAUGGGUGAUCCAAGCAGUCUUCAACCCAAAUUGGCUGAGACUAUGAGCAACAUGGACCGUCUCCGAAUGGAAAUUCACAAAAAUGAGGCCUGGCUUUCUGAAGUUGAAGGGAAAGUAGCCGCAAGGGGAGACCGAAGACACAGCAGUGACAUUAACCACCUUGUAACUCAAGGAAGAGAGAGCCCAGAGGGGAGCUACACCGAUGAUGCAAACCAAGAAGUUCGAAGCCCGCCACAGCAACAUGGCCCCCAUAAUGAAUUUGAUGAUGAGUUUGAAGAUGAUGAUCCUUUGCCAGCUAUAGGACACUGCAAAGCAAUUUAUCCAUUUGAUGGUCCCAAUGAAGGUACCUUAGCAAUGAAAGAAGGAGAGGUUCUGUACAUUAUAGAGGAAGACAAAGGGGAUGGAUGGACAAGAGCUCGCAGGCAAAAUGGAGAAGAAGGAUACGUGCCAACUUCCUACAUAGAUGUAACUCUAGAGAAAAACAGUAAAGGUUCCUGAAGCGGGUUUCUGAGAAAAUGGGCGAGAUGUUGAAGGAGGUUACAUGCAGCUGCUUUUUUUGGGGGGGGAUUAGUAGGUCCAGCAAAAUGGGCUUUUUUGGGGUGGGGAGCCAGUUGCAUGAAGGCAUGCCGGCGUCCAUUUCUCACUAACAAAGUUGGCAUUUUUGUAUGUGGUCAAAAUAGUUACGGUAAACUUAAGUGCCAUUCCAACAGAACCAAGCCACCCAAUCAGAAAUCACAUCCUUUUCAUGGUCUAAAAAAUUCCUAUCCACUGUUCACCCAGUUGCGUUGUCCCUUAGCUGUUUUUGGCUGUCUCGUUUUCUGUGCCAAUUUAAACGGGCAUUCAGACAAGACCCUGUCAUUACAGUCUCUGCCUGUGCCACCUCCAUGCUCGCCCUAACCUCCUCCUGCACGUCUAGCUAUGUGUCAGGCAUGCCUGCCUCAUCUUUUGUGUUUCCAUAACUCUUCCUCCUCUUCUGCAUUUGUAGCAAAUACACUUUAUGUAUGUAUAUCUCUAGCACUAAUGUUUUUUUAUUUCAGUACCCAUUUUAUGCUGCUAUAAUGUUUUUUUUCUCCCCUUUCUUCAUUACACAACCGUCAUUACAUUCCAGUUCUUUGGCAUUAUAACUGAUGUGAACUUAGCAUUCAUUUUGAUUUGGGAAAAGGAACACACCUCAGCACUAGGGAACUGCAGCCUGUCUUCAGCACCUCAGCAACUUCUUAUGAGCACUGAAAAACCAGGAGAACAGCACAGUUUUUUUUUCCACUGCAAGACAAACGACUGUUUCCAGACAUCAAGUGCUUACCAUUCAGAUGCUGCCUUAAACUCUCGAGUGCCUAAAUCUGUCGAUUGCCAACACUACCGCUUCAGUAUCCCACAAAGGGCUUUUGGGCCGCAGCUCCAUACGACCUCCUGAAUCUUUCUACGGUGCUGCAGCGGCUUGUAGCCAGGGGCCGAUGUUCUCUAGAGCUCUGCCACAAUGCGACACAUGGUGCAUUGUAAACAUUUUGCAUCAAAAACGAAAUACAUGUAUCACUUUCGUUUUAUGUCUAAUGAAUGUUUUAAAUAGGAUUUUUAUGGAGGUUGUUUUAUUCCUCAGUUGUCUCUUUUUAAUUUUUUUUUAAAAAAAAUUGAGUUGGGGGUGGGGGAAGACUCCAGUUUCUAAUUAACUGCAGUGCUAGUCUGUUUCCAAGUGAUGCUUCAUUGUGAGGACCAGCUGAAAAUUGGAAUGAUACCUUUGUAAUGAUCUAUGUGCACUUUUACUUGUAAACAUUGAGAUUUGGAAAUGUUUAUACAUGUAAAUAUAGUUGUCUGCAGCAUUCCAUAUUGCUCAUGUUGUUUUGUCUGCCAUUUGUGAGUUCUGUUAAUGAAGUCAUCAAGCAUCUAAUCUUAGCCUGUAGGGGGAAUAGGAGGGAGGGAAGUCCAGCUUCAUGAAACUAGCUUUUUGCUGUGUGUGGUAAUAUUUUAAACAAAUCUGGUUUUCUAGGGAUGGGAGUUGAAGCAAUAUUUGGACACAGCAGUGCUGGAUUCUUUUAGGAGUCUUUUUUCAGUGUUAUUAGCAAUUGUACUACCAGUAAAACUAAAUCUGUGUGA